AGAAUGGACACCUCGUUAAUUCUUCGUGGGUCUACAUGACUGAUCCACCUUCUCAUAGACAGUAAAGAUUAAGAGGAUGACAAGAGGCAUCUGCUUACGCAGCGUUAGGAGCUAAUCUUCAGGCCCUAAGAAAAACUCUUGACCAUCGACAAAGAAUUUCCUGGGUCAUCAGCCGUUCCCUUUGGGGAUUUAAAUUAAAGAUCAUCAGGAUCUUUGCAGUUAAAGAAGACACUUGCACAAGAAUCUGCACACUUGAACUGCCAAGAGUCUAAAGACAAGACCAAAAUCAAUCAGUUCAAUAUGAGUUCUCCCACAGGAUCGUUUCUGAGCACAGAAGACAGUCAAUCAGUUCCCAGUCCGGCCCCAGGUCCUGCUCCUAACCCUCACCUUUUGUGCAGAGUGUGCGGGGACAGUAGCAGUGGAAAACAUUAUGGCAUAUUUGCUUGUAACGGUUGCAGUGGCUUCUUCAAGAGAAGCGUUCGCAGGAAGCUCAUAUACAGGUGCCAGGCUGGCACAGGAUUGUGCCCAGUGGACAAGGCCCAUAGAAACCAGUGCCAAGCCUGCAGACUAAAGAAAUGCCUUCAGACGGGUAUGAACAAGGAUGCUGUCCAGAAUGAGCGUCAGCCUCGUAGUACAGCUCAGAUCCGCCUUGACAGUAUUGACUUGGACACAGAUAGCCGCUCUGAACACUUAGCCACUACACGGGAUCCUCCUCCUUCCUGCCCACAAGGCAACACUCUUAGAACCCCUAUACCCAGCACCAUGUCAGGAACUCUAAGCCCCCCACACAACCACCGCUUCAUGGCUAGCUUGAUGACAGCAGAGACAUGUGCCAAGCUGGAGCCAGAAGAAGCUGAUGAGAAUAUUGAUGUUACAAGUGAUGAGCCAGAGCGAACACCAACUGACUUCCAGAUAUCCGGGUUCCCAAUGUCUAGUCCAGAAGGAGUGUAUGAAACGUCAGCUAGGCUUCUCUUCAUGGCUGUUAAAUGGGCCAAGAACCUCCCAGUUUUCUCUAAUCUUCCAUUCCGGGACCAGGUUAUCCUGCUGGAGGAAGCGUGGAGUGAAUUAUUUCUUCUAUGUGCCAUUCAAUGGUCUAUGCCUCUUGACAGCUGCCCUCUGCUCUCUGUACCAGACUUGUCUAGUCAAGUUCAUGGGAAAUCUGUGUCCUCCAUAGACAUCCGAAUCCUCCAAGAAACAAUCAGUCGGUUCAAGUCACUUAAUGUUGACCCUACAGAAUUUGCCUGUUUGAAAGCUGUUCUGCUCUUUAAACCUGAAACAAGAGGUCUGAAAGACCCAGAACAAAUAGAAAACCUUCAAGAUCAAUCUCAGAUGAUGUUGGCUCAGCACACAAGGAAUCAAUACCCAACCCAGCCCGUUAGGUUUGGGAAGCUUUUGCUCCUUUCUCCAUCACUGCGAUUUAUUUCAUCUGAACAUAUUGAGCUGCUUUUCUUCCACCGGACCAUAGGAAACACUCCUAUGGAAAAACUGCUUUGUGAUAUGUUUAAGAACUAAAAUAAUAAACUUUUACAUCACAAAUGACAUAUACUCAAGCACUUUAAGGAGAUAAACGCUGAGAGGCUUGGGCCUUAUUUAA